AUGAGGCUGUGGGGCUGGCUGCUGGCGGUGCUGGGGGGGGGCCUGUGCCAGAACCCCGAGCCCCCGCAUGGCUGCUCCAUGGGCAGCUGCCACCCAGUCACCGGGGACCUGCUUGUGGGCCGAGCGGAGCGGCUGAAAGCCUCCUCCACAUGCGGGCUGCAGGGACCCCAGCCCUACUGCAUCGUCAGCCACCUGCAGGAGGAGAAGAAGUGCUUUGUGUGCGACUCGCGCCGGCCCUACUCCCCCCUGGCCAACCCCGUCAGCCACCGCAUCGAGAACGCCGUCCCCUCCUUCCUCCCCCACCGCAGGAAGGCCUGGUGGCAGUCGGAGAACGGAGUGGAGCACGUCACCAUCCGCCUGGACCUGGAGGCCGAGUUCCACUUCACCCACCUCAUCAUGACCUUCAAGACCUUCCGCCCGGCGGCCAUGCUGGUCGAGCGCUCGGCGGAUUUCGGCCGCACCUGGCAGGUUUAUCGCUACUUCGCCUAUGACUGCACCUCGGCCUUCCCCAGCGCUGCCCCCGCGCCCCUGCGCAGGGUGGACGAUGUCAUCUGCGAGUCCCGCUACUCGGACAUUGAGCCGUCCAGCGAGGGGGAGGUCAUCUACCGAGUCCUGGACCCAGCCAUCCCCAUCCGAGACCCCUACAGCCCGGCCAUCCAGGAUCUGCUGCGCGUCACCAACCUGCGGGUGAACCUGACCCGGCUGCACACGCUGGGCGACAACCUGCUGGACUCGCGGCGGGAGAUCCAGGAGAAGUAUUACUACGCCCUCUACGAGCUGGUGCUACGCGGGAGCUGCUUCUGCUACGGCCACGCCUCCGAGUGCGCGCCCGCCCCCGGCGCCCAGGCCAACGUGGAGGGCAUGGUGCAUGGCAGGUGUGCCUGCAAACACAACACGCAGGGCCUGAACUGCGAGAAGUGCGACAGCUUCUACAACGACCUACCCUGGCGCCCGGCCGAGGGGCGCAGCACCAACGCCUGCAGGAGGUGUAACUGUAACCAGCACUCGCGCCGGUGCCACUUCGACAUGGCCGUGUACCUGGCCACGGGCAACACCAGCGGGGGCGUCUGUGACGACUGUCAGCACAACACCAUGGGCCGCAGCUGCCAGUUCUGCAAACCCUUCUACUACAGGGACCCCAGCCGGGACCUGCGGGACCCCGGGGCCUGCCGAGCCUGUGACUGUGACCCAGCCGGCGCCCUGGACGGCGGGAUCUGCGAUGCCCACGACGACCCGGCGCUGGGGCUCCUGGCCGGGCAGUGCCGCUGCAAGGAGCACACGCGGGGCCCACGCUGCGACCAGUGCCAGCCGGGGUUCUUUGGGCUCAGCGGGGACAACCCCCAGGGCUGCCAGCGCUGCCAGUGCCACCCCCAGGGGACAGUGUCAGACGGGACCCAGUGCGACCCCGUCAGUGGCAACUGCUUCUGCAAGCGCUUGGUGACCGGCCGAAGCUGUGACCAGUGCCUGCCCGAGCACUGGGCUCUCAGCCACGACCUGCUCGGCUGCCGCUCGUGUGACUGCGACGUGGGAGGUGCCCACAACAACCAGUGUGCCGCCGAGACGGGGCAGUGCCACUGCCGCAGCCACAUGGUGGGCCGGACGUGCAGCCAGGUGGAGCCCGGCUUCUACCUCUCCCGCCUGGACCACUGCACCUACGAGGCGGAAGAGGCCCGGCUGCGCCAGGGCGUGGUGGUGGAGCGGGCACAGCCCACGGACCGGCCAGCCACGUGGACGGGGGCAGGGUUUGCCCACGUGCCAGAGGGUGGGGCCGUGGAGUUCCUGAUCAGCGACGUGCCCGCCUCCAUGGAGUACGAUGUGGUGAUCCGCUACGAGCCCCAGCUCCCGGAGCCGUGGGAGGAGGUGAAGCUGUGGGUGCUGCGCCCCGGGCCCAUCCCCACCGGCAGCCCCUGUGGGAACACCAUCCCUGCUGACGACCGGCUGGCCACGGCGCUGCCGCCCAGGGCCAGGUACAUGCUCCUGCCCCAGCCCGUCUGCCUGGAGCGUGGCGUCAGCUACACCCUGCGCCUGGAGCUCACCCGCUACACGUCCCGCCAGGCGGUGCCCGGUGCCAGUGUCCUGCUCGACUCGCUGGUGCUGGUGCCGCGCUAUUCCUCCAUGGAGAUGUUCAUCGCGGGCGACGCAGGCGCCAUGGGGCGCAGGGAGGCCUUCGAGCGGUACCGCUGUGAUCAGCACGCUUGGGCCGUGGGCAAGGCGCCCACCAGCGACGUGUGCACCAGCCUGCUCACCAGCAUGUCGGCCAUCAUCCACGGGGGGGCGCUGCCCUGUCUGUGCGACCCCCAGGGCUCGCUGAGCGCUGAGUGCGAGCCCAAUGGGGGGCAGUGCCAGUGCAAGGCCAGCGUGACGGGGCGUCGCUGCCACCACUGCUCCCCGGGCACCUUUGGCUUUGGGCCCAGCGGAUGCCGAGCCUGCCAGUGCAACAGUGACGGGGCCCUGAGCAGCUUCUGCGACAGCUUCAGUGGGCAGUGCCCCUGCCGGCCGGGCGCCUUUGGGCCCCGCUGCGACCGCUGCCAGCCUGGCUCCUGGGGCUUCCCCCACUGCCAGCCCUGCCAGUGCAAUGGGCACUCGGAGGAGUGCGACCCACGGACCGGCAGCUGCCUGCACUGCCGCGACCACACGGAUGGCGACAGAUGCCAGAGAUGCGCAGCUGGCCACUAUGGGAACCCCACACUGGCCUCGGGGGAGCGCUGCCGGCCCUGCCCCUGCCCCGAUGGGCCCGGCAGCGCCCGCCACUUCGCCGCCUCCUGCCGCCAGGACAGCCGCUCCCGCCAGGUGAUCUGCAACUGCAACCCCGGCUACACAGGUCUGCGCUGCGAGGAGUGUGCCCCUGGUUACUACGGGAACCCCUCGCAGGCCGGCGGGCGCUGCCAGCCCUGCCAGUGCAACGGCAACAUUGACCUGCUGGACGCGGCGGCGUGUGAGCGGCGCUCGGGGCGCUGCCUGCGCUGCCUGCACCACACGGAGGGGGGGCACUGCCAGCUCUGCACGGCCGGCUACUACGGCGACGCCACCCGCCACAGCUGCCGGCGCUGCUCCUGUAACGUCCUGGGCACGGAGCGCAGCGAGUGCAGUGCACAGGAUGAGUGCCAGUGUGAUCGGCGCAGCGGGCAGUGCCAGUGCUUGCCCAGCGUCCAGGGGCAGAGCUGCGACCGCUGCGCCCCCAACUUCUGGAACCUGGCCAGUGGGAAGGGCUGUGAGCCCUGUGCCUGCCACCCCCAGCACUCGCUGGGCCCAGCCUGCAACCAGUUCACAGGGCAGUGCCCGUGCCAGCCGGGCUUCGGGGGCCGCACCUGCGCCGACUGCCAGGAGAACCACUGGGGCGAGCCCAGCCUACAGUGCCGAGCCUGUGACUGCGACGCCCGCGGGGUCAAGAGCUCCCAGUGCCACCGCGCCACCGGGCACUGCUCCUGCCGCCAGGGGGUGUCGGGCGUCCGCUGCGACCAGUGCGCCCGCGGCUUCUCUGGCGCCUUCCCCGACUGCCAGCCCUGCCCCCAGUGCUUCGGGGACUGGGACCGUGUGGUGCAGGACCUGGCUGCCCGCAUCCGGGGCCUGGCACUGCGUGCCAAACACAUCCAGCAGACGGGCGUCGCAGGCGCCUUCGAGAGGAACUUCCGCCAGCUGGAGGAGAAGCUGGGCACGGCCCGGGCCAUCGUGGACGCCCGCAACGCCACCGCGGCAGCUGUGACCCAGCUGCUGCGCACCAUGGAGGAGCUGCGGCAGCACAUCGGCGAAGCCACGGAGACGCUGACCCAGCUGGAGGGCGAGCUCACCACGGCACAGGACGAGAACUACAAUGCCAAGCGCGCCCUGGGCACCCUGGACCGCGGUGCCCGUGGCCUCAACCUCACCCUGCACGACCUGGCACGCCAGCUCCACCUGCUCAAGAACUCCAACUUCCUGGGUGCCUACGACAGCAUCCGCCAGUCCCACGCCCAGUCAUGGGCGGCUGAGCAUGAUGCCAAUGCCUCCAGCCUGGCGGUGCCCAGCGCUGUGAGUGACUCAGCUGCCACCCGGCGCCGCUCGGAGCAGCUGAUGGCACGGAGGAGAGACGACUUCAACCGCCAGAGUGCGGCCAAUCGGCGGGCACUGAGCGAGCUGGCCACCAGGGCCCAGACACUGCAGCUGCGGGAGAUCAACGAGAAGGUGUGUGGUGCCCCCGGGGAUGCCCCCUGCACCAGCAGCCCCUGCGGGGGGGCCAGCUGCCGGGACGAGGAUGGCAGGCGCCACUGCGGGGGCCUCAACUGCCAGGGGGCAGUGGCCACGGCCAGCAGCGCGCGGGAGCGGGCCCGGCACACCCAGGCCGAGCUGCACCAGGCCAUGGGUGAGGUGGAGGAGCUUUUCCACAAGGUGGCCGAGGCCAAGGUGAAGGCUGACUCGGCCCGGCGGAGGGCACAGGCGGCACUGGACAAGGCCAACGAGACCAGGGCGCGUGUGGACCGCUCCAACAUGGCUCUGCGCGAACUCAUCCACCAGAUCAAGAGCUUCCUGAGCCAGGAGGGGGCCGACCCUGACAGCAUUGAGGUGGUGGCUGGGCGGGUGCUGGCGCUCUCCAUCCCGGCCUCGCCCGACCAGAUCCGCCACCUGGCCGAGGAUAUCAAGGAGCGGGUCAGCAGCCUGGCCAACGUGGAUGCCAUCCUGGAGCAGACGGCAGGCGAUGUGCGCCGGGCGGAGCAGCUGCUGCAGGACGCCCGCAGGGCCAGGUCGCGGGCCGAGAGCGUGAAGAACGCGGCUGAAGUGGGGAGGCGGGCGCUGGAGGAUGCCAGGCGAGCCCAGAGCGCCGCUGAGAGCGCCAUCCGCAGUGCCAGCAAGGACAUCCGCCACACGGAGGGCACCCUGAGCACGAUCCAGCUGCAGGCGGCGAGCACAGAGCGCCAGCUGCAGGGCGCCAUGGAGCAGGUGGGGCGGCUGGACAGCCAGCUGGGCGCGCUGAAGAUGAAACGAGCCAAUAACAGCCUGGUGGCCACACGGGCCAAGGACACGGCCAGCACCGCGCACGCCCGGGCCGGGGAGGUCAAGCAGCUGGCAGAGGGGCGGCUGGAGGCCGGGUACCAGGCAGCGCAGGAGCUGGUGCAGAGUCAGGCGCGUGGCACGCUGCAGGCCAGGCACCGGGCGGAGCGGCUGCGUGAUGAGGCCAAGGCCCUCCUGCGGGAUGCUCAGGGCAAGCUGCAACGCCUGACAGCGCUGGAGGGGUCGUACCAGGAGAACGAGCGGGUGCUGGAGGAGAAGGCAGCCCAGCUAGACGGGCUGGAGGCCAAGGUGAAGGGCAUCGUGGGUGCCAUCAACCAGCAGAUCCAGAUCUACAACACCUGCCAGUGA